AUGGAGUCCUCCGAUACGACAACUAGCAAUCAUAAUCCCCCAGCAGACACUGAUCCAAACCUUGCUCAAUGUUCCUGUGCCGCAUCCGCUCCAGCUACGGACGUGCCAGUCAAACACUGCGAGAAGGUCUAUCAAAAAUUCAGGACAGCGAUUCGAGAAAGCGACAUUUCAAACCUCGCAGCAACGUCGAUCUCGGAUCCGAAAUUAUUUCAGGUCAUAGAAGCGUUUGUCGAUGACACGGGCACUGCCGAAGGAUGGACAGCGCUGCAAAAUGCCGCCGCCGUCGAUUUCGGCGACUUCAACCUACUCAUAGGUCUCAAUCCAGAACGCGACGGGCACGACAACGAAGGAAUGAAAGCGCUACACUUGGCCUGUCGAUAUGGCCACGUUAAAGCUGCUGCAUUCCUUAUAAAUGCAGGGGCAAGAUUAGAUGCUCGGCAGGCUGAAGGAUGCACUCCUUUCCACAUUGCUUGCAUGUAUGGCCAACUAGAGGUUCUGAAACUGCUCUGUAAAAAAGGUCCAAAGAGCCAGAUGUCGGACGUAAACUCGCACUCCAAUCAGGCCCUACACUUGGCAGUCAUAAACGACCGGCUCGACGUCGUCCAGUGGUUACUGGAAAAAGGCGCAGACACAUCAUACGGGGGUGAAGAUAAGAAGACACCGCUGCACUAUGCUUGUCAGUACAAGUCACUCGAAAUGGUGAAGCUCCUGUUUUCCCAUAAAGCUGAUAUACAUGCUUUGGACGCCUUCUCGAACACACCAUUGCUGAUGGUAUGCUGGAACCCGCAACCAGAUAUUUUCAACUUCCUGCGUAAUGAAGGUGCAUCGGUGUCUCAUUUGAACAUGCACGGCCGCAAUGGCUUUCAUGCGGUGAUUCUUGGUUCUAAGCCAUUUAGCGAGAAUCACAAGAAGGUUCUUAACCUAUUGAUUGGGUUGGGUGUUAAUAUCAACAAACGUGACAUAUUUGGUUACUCAGCCUUCUUUCUUGCCUGCCGGGAUAGCGACAUUGAACAGAUCAACAUUCUUUUGGAUCUUGGCGCAGACAUAAACCAAAAGACUACCGACAACCAACUCACCCCUCUCAUGGAAGCUUGCUGCAGUCCAUCAGAGGAGCCAGUAGAAAUCCUCCUUCGCAGAGGAGCUGAUAUGACUCCUGUCAAUCCGCACGGCCUGACUGCCUUAGCUCUGGCUUGUGUGAAAGGUCGCCUUGAACAUGUUGAGACUCUCAUGAAGAAGGGUGCUGAUGUUGCAGUUCGCAACCGAGAUGGUCACAGACCGUUGUGUGCUGCAGCUAGGCAUGGGGAAACGGAUAUCACACUUCGAAUACUAGCAUCUAAGCGGUAUUAUCCUCAGUACCCAGCGGAUGUAACAGGUCCGACGGACCAGGCACUAUUCAUGAUGAACGGCCCUCAUGAUAGUGAAGUAGAAGAACAUCUACUGAAAGCGAUGGGAGAGAGUCUCUCUGGACUAUCGGCAUCGCUCGAUGUGAUGAUGUAUUGGGCUAUUGCUCAUGGUCGGAUCAACUUGGCCAAAAAAUGUGUUUUUGUCAACUCAAAAGUCCUGAAAUGGGAGCGGGAGGGGGCGAAUUGGCUUCACGUGGCUGCUCAAUGCGCACAACCAAAACUCAUCACCGAGUUGUGUUUCAAUCUCGACGCAUCCAAGAAGGCUUCAGGUGAUGUGACACCUCUACAACUUGCGGCUGUUAGUGGAAGUCGUGAAACUGUGUCGUGCUUGCUGGAGCAAAUCGGAAGACAGGCUAAACAUCAAUCUGCCGAAACAGUCAAGGUCAAGGCAAUCUUGAGCUAUGAUGGUCAAGGGGCUUCGCCACUCACUAUAUCCAUCCGUCGUAAGCAUAGCAACGUUACUGAGAUCUUCUGGGAGGAAAUUCGAAAGUUUGGGAGUCUUGAGACAACCUUCAUGCAAAUCUAUCCCAGUUACGCAGUUUUUAUUCUCGAAACACUCGCGCAGUACGAAAAGCCCGGGAAUGAGAAAACACUGAAGCAUCUCCUGGAGCAAUGGUGCACAAACCCAACCCUGACAGAACCCCAGAAAGCAGAACGUUUGAUUACGCCACUCGAUUGGGCUGUAUACUGCUCCCAGCCAGUUGCUGUCUGGUGGUUACUAUCCAAAGAGGGUUACUCAUCGGAUGAAGCCACGAAAAACGCCCGCUCGCUCGUACAGUGCUUGGAGGAUGUCGGGAUUCGGAACAUCAUAGGCGAAUUACUGCAACAUCCAUUGCCAGUUCUGGGCAACAUUGCCAAUCCAAAUGACGACCCAUUACUCGAAUUGCCGCAGAUUACAGGCAUCAAUGAUCCUGCGAUAAUGUCACCAGGUACUAUUGUUGAGAUUUACUCAGACGGCACGAUCAAGAGUAAACAAGAUCCGGCUCCAACAAUAGGUGAUAUCAUUUAUGAUUCUGGGCCUGAAAGGAUCAUGAAAGAGGCUACGGAUUUGGACUAUUGGAAUCUGUUUGAUACCUCGCUUUCUAGCAAUCAUCUGUGCUCUAGUGGCGGUGGCCCAAGAGCCUUUAGUCGCCUUGAUAGACAACUGCAGCUUCGUUGGAUACAUCUCCCGGUCACCAAGCUACAAUUCAUGCAAGAUCUCGUCUCUAGACUGUCAUGUGAGUCCAAACGCUCUGCGAAGGAUCACCAAGCCCUGAUGCGGCACUUCAAUCGAAGCUGGACCGAUCUAGCAGCUGGUGGAGGGCAGCGGUAUAUGAAGCCGCAGUGCGUGAAGGGUGGCAAUACUUCCUGGAACAAAGACUCCCAUAAUGUCCUAGAGACACAGCCCGUUCAUGGCGCUCUACAAACAAUCAUAACAGCCUCAACCGAGGCCGAAGAUGGCAAUGAGAAUUCCAAAGCCAGCUUGCUUCAGACCGUCUUAGAUAGCAUCAUAUAUGGAGAGAAAAGGGGUACUUUUGAACACCCUACGUCUGUGCACUCCAUGAUGGAUUUAAUCCUUGGUGUUGCCACUGGCUUCUUUGCAAGGAAGUUCGUGCCCUUGCCAGAUAGUCCAAGGAGGGUUUUCAAAACACCACUAGAAGUCUUCCGAGAGUCGCUACGACACGCCGCCGACCAGGAAAUCUUCCUCUAUCAAACGUUCUUACGAGAACUGAACGGGCAAAAAAGACAAGACCUACGGCAGGAUGAAUCCACUAGCAAGCACCUCAUUGAGGAUAUGCCGUCACACCCCUUGAGCUCUUCAUCGGACCCAUACAGCAUCUCUCCUGAAGCCAAGGUCCUCGACACUAUACGUGACAUUCGAGACGAGCUGCAUAUGCUGAAGUCCCUUGUUGAGGAGCAAGAGCUUGUCUGGAGACAGGCAUUUAAAGAUCGAGCAGCGGAAGAGUUUUCUCAGUAUUAUCAGCCUUGCACACCGGAAGAUGUUCGGAAAGAUCUAGACGAUAUGUUGAAUGAGGUAGAGACAAUUAACAAUUCCAUCAACACUCUUCUUGACCUUCGACAAAAGCAGGCCAGUAUCAGUCAAGCCAACGACACAGCGAAGCAGUCUAAUACCAUAUUUGUAUUUACCGUCAUUACAAUUGUUUUCCUCCCUCUUUCAUUUCUAUCAUCGUUGUUCGCUUUGGAUGUCUCAAGCUUCCCACACGAGUCUGGCAGCCUUAAGUACCCAGGAUGGUGGCUAUUCCCAAUCCUCUUCGGCGCCUCAGCUGUUAUCUCCUUCCCUACCAUAUUACUCGCCUGGAAGGUCAACGAUAUUUCUGAAUGGUUUCGAGCAUCGAACAGGAGGGAUUUGAGGAAGCAUCACUCAAAUUAUGAUGACGAUAAGGAAUUUCAGGGGCGAACGGUACAGGGUCUGGGGUAUCUGGCAAGGCGCGCAAUGAAAUCCCGACGGAAUGGUUCCCGCAAAACGUGGGACGCUGCUGAACCGGCAUGA